CUGUGUGCUGCCCACCUGCCAACCCGAUCAGAGGCGCCGAACCACUAUCAAGCAGUAUGUCGGGCUCUGUUUGCAGAAACAAUGGAACUGUACACUUUCUUGGCCAAAAUUAAAAGUGCAAAAGAGAAUCUGAAGAAGAUUCAAGAAAUGGACAAAGAGGCAAGUGAUGAAUCCAGCACAGAUCUUGAUGACUUAAAAAAUGCUGACUGGGCUCGUUUUUGGGUACAAGUGAUGCGAGAUUUACGGAAUGGCGUUAAACUUAAGAAAGUUCAAGAGCGUCAGUACAACCCACUCCCCAUAGAAUAUCAGCUCACACCCUAUGAAAUGCUGAUGGAUGAUAUUAGAUCCAAACGCUAUACCUUAAGGAAGGUCAUGGUCAACGGUGACAUUCCACCUCGAUUAAAAAAGAGUGCCCAUGAAAUAAUCCUGGAUUUCAUCCGAUCGAGACCUCCAUUAAAUCCUGCCUCGGCAAGAAAACUGAAACCAACUCCGCCACGGCCACGGAGCCUUCAUGAAAGGAUACUGGAGGAAAUCAAGGCAGAGAGGAAGUUACGUCCAGUCUCACCUGAUGAGAUAAGGCGUAGCAGGCUGGCAUUGCGGCCACUUAGCAUGUCUUACAGUUUUGACUUGUCAGAUGUAUCUACGCCAGAGGCUGGAAGAAAAUUACUGGAUGCCUCUGUAGUGAACGGUGGCCUGGCACCACAAGGAAAGCACAACGGAGCCACACAAGCGACAGUACAACGCAAGAGACUCCUUAAGGCUCCCACGUUGGCUGAACUUGACAGCUCAGAUUCAGAGGAGGAAUCAGUGCACAAAUCAGCGAGUAGCAGCAGCAUCUCCCCCUCACAAGUGGAAGACCCCUCUCAAGAAGGCACCAGCAGCCGAAAGAUGCCUCCAAAGUUCUUGCCUAUAUCAUCUACACCACAGCCUGAGAGACGGCAGCCACCUCAGAGACGACACUCCAUUGAAAAGGAAACACCAACCAAUGUGAGACAGUUCCUACCACCUUCAAAACAGAGCUCCAGAUCACUUGUUCCUAGGAUAACCAGUUUAUUUCCAAGGAUGAAUUUCAGACCACUUUUUUCAACUAUGCAAACAGCUUCUCUGCUAAGCUCUCAUCCCGUUGAAGCAGCCAUGUGUGGGGUGGCAGGGGCUAUGUACUAUCUCUGUGAGAGAGCUUUUGCCAGCAGGUGGAAACCCGCAAAGGAGGAGUUCUGUUACCCAGUGGAAUGUCUGGCUCUGACGGUGGAGGAAGUCAUGCACAUCCGUCAGGUGCUGGUGAAGGCAGAGCUGGAAAAGUACCAGCAAUACAAAGAUGUCUACACUGCUCUCAAGAAAGGAAAGCUCUGCUUUUGCUGUCGAACAAGAAGGUUUUCUUUCUUUACCUGGUCCUACACUUGUCAGUUCUGUAAGAGGCCUGUAUGCUCACAGUGUUGCAAAAAAAUGCGGUUGCCAUCAAAGCCAUAUUCUACUCUCCCCAUCUUCUCACUGGGACCUUCAACCUUGCAAAGAGGAGAAAGCUUUAUGAGGCCAGAGAAACCCUCUACUAGUCACCACCGAUCACUGCGGAGCAUGUCCAGGUUGACCUCAAGGUCCAAAUCUGUGGAUAAGUCACAUGAAGAGUUUCCCAAAGAAUUAAUGGAGGACUGGAGCACAAUGGAGGUGUGCGUGGACUGCAAGAAGUUCAUUUCAGAAAUCAUCAAUUCAAGCCGGCGCAGCCUGUCUCUGGCCAACAAGCGAGCCAGGUUAAAAAGGAAAACACAGUCCUUCUACAUGUCGUCACCGGGAACCUCUGAAUACUGCCCCUCUGAAAGGACUAUCAAUGAGAUCUGA